CAAGGUAAUAAAGAAUGCUGAUGGAAGAACAGUUAUUCUAAUUUCCACAUUGUCAAGCUGGUUGCCAUGAUGGAUGAUCAGCAAGCAUUGAACUCAAUCAUGCAAGAUUUGGCUGUCCUUCAUAAGGCCAGUCGACCAGCAUUAUCCUUACAGGAAAGUAGAAAAACAAAAUCUUCAUCACCAAAAAAGCAGAAUGAUGUCCGAGUCAAAUUUGAACAUAGAGGAGAAAAAAGAAUCCUUCAGUUCCCCAGACCAGUUAAGCUAGAAGACCUGAGGUCUAAGGCUAAAAUUGCAUUUGGACAGUCCAUGGAUCUACAUUAUACCAACAAUGAGUUGGUAAUUCCAUUAACUACCCAAGAUGACUUGGACAAAGCUGUGGAGCUGCUAGAUCGCAGUAUUCAUAUGAAGAGCCUCAAGAUACUACUUGUAAUUAAUGGAAGUACACAGGCUAUAAAUUCAGAACCAUUGCCAUCACUAGAAGAUCUGGAUAAUACAGUACUUGGAGCAGAGAAGAAGAAGCGGCUUUCUCUAAUUGGUUCCACUAGUAGAGAUAGAAGUUCCCCUCCCCCAGGAUACAUUCCAGAUGAAUUACACCAGGUUGCCCGGAAUGGGUCAUUCACUAGCAUCAACAGUGAAGGAGAGUUCAUUCCAGAGAGCAUGGACCAAAUGCUGGAUCCAUUAUCUUUAAGCAGCCCUGAAAAUUCUGGCUCAGGAAGUUGUCCAUCACUUGAUAGUCCUUUGGAUGGAGAGAGCUAUCCAAAAUCACGAAUGCCUAGGGCACAGAGCUACCCAGAUAAUCAUCAGGAGUUUUCAGACUAUGAUAACCCUAUCUUUGAGAAAUUUGGAAAAGGAGGAACAUAUCCAAGAAGGUAUCAUGUUUCAUAUCAUCAUCAAGAGUAUAAUGAUGGUCGUAAAACCUUUCCAAGAGCUAGAAGGACCCAGGGCACCACCUUCCGGUCUCCUGUGAGUUUCAGUCCUACUGAUCACUCCUUAAGCACUAGUAGUGGCAGCAGUAUCUUUACCCCAGAGUAUGAUGACAGUCGAAUAAGAAGAAGGGGAAGUGACAUAGACAAUCCUACUUUGACUGUAAUGGACAUCAGCCCACCUAGCCGUUCACCUCGAGCUCCAACCAACUGGAGAUUGGGAAAACUGCUUGGUCAAGGAGCCUUUGGCAGGGUCUAUCUCUGUUAUGAUGUUGAUACAGGAAGAGAAUUGGCUGUUAAGCAAGUUCAGUUUGACCCUGAUAGCCCUGAAACCAGCAAGGAAGUAAAUGCACUUGAGUGUGAAAUUCAGUUGUUGAAAAACUUGCUGCAUGAGCGAAUUGUUCAGUAUUAUGGCUGUCUGAGGGAUCCCCAGGAAAAAACACUUUCCAUCUUUAUGGAAUAUAUGCCAGGGGGUUCAAUUAAGGACCAAUUGAAGGCAUAUGGCGCUCUUACUGAGAAUGUGACUAGAAAAUAUACCCGUCAGAUUCUAGAGGGUGUUUAUUAUUUGCACAGUAAUAUGAUUGUCCAUAGAGAUAUCAAAGGCGCAAAUAUCCUGCGAGAUUCAACAGGCAAUGUCAAACUAGGAGAUUUUGGGGCCAGCAAACGACUUCAGACCAUCUGUCUCUCAGGCACAGGAAUGAAGUCUGUCACAGGCACUCCAUACUGGAUGAGCCCUGAAGUCAUCAGUGGAGAAGGCUAUGGCAGAAAAGCUGAUAUCUGGAGUGUAGCAUGUACUGUGGUAGAAAUGCUAACUGAAAAGCCACCUUGGGCUGAAUUUGAAGCAAUGGCUGCCAUCUUUAAGAUUGCCACUCAGCCAACAAACCCAAAGUUGCCACCUCAUGUCUCAGACUAUACUCGAGACUUCCUCAAAAGGAUUUUUGUAGAGGCCAAAUUGAGACCAUCAGCUGAUGAACUCCUGCGGCACAUGUUUGUGCAUUAUCACUAGCAACCAGCCUGCUGUGCCUGUACCCAGUUCCCAUCCUGUUCGUUCACCUUCUCUCUGACUGCACUUUUCUUUCAUUAAAAAAAAGAGAGAGAGAUGGGGGGGGAAGACAAGAGGGAAAGUAUUUCUCUUGAUUAUUGGUUAAAUUUGUUUAAUAAUAAUAGUAAUCUAAAUUUUAUAUUUAAUCUUUUUUCUCCUUAGAAGAACUUGAAGCUUUUAAUUUUUAUAAUGUACUGAUGUGGUUGAGAAAGACAAAGCACUUUAGUACAUAUUCACUCUUUUUAGAAUAAACAAAUCAUUUGGAGUAUAUAGUUGGUAGUCUUUCCAUGCAUCACUUAUUCUAUUGGUGGUGACAAGGAGACAUGGUCAACAAGGAUAAGAAAAUAAUGUACAAUUUGUAGUUUUUAGUGAUAAUUUAAAGUAGAUCCUCAUUUGUAGGUUUGAACCCUAAAUUUGAGUUAGGGUAGGUACUCAACUUAAAGAAUACAGGUUUUUUUUUUUUACAUCUGUAUUCUUUAGAUCCUAACCUCUGUCUACCAAGCUUUUUGCUCAGUAGGAAUCUUGAUAGAAGAUAUGAAUCUCUAAGAAGUAUGUUAAUUUGUCAACCAGUAUAAUAAGCAAAUACACUAUAAUAGAUCCAUGUUACUGGAAUCUUUAGACUUUGAGGGCUAGCUUUCUGCUAAAAAAUACCAAGACAAUAAUACUUUAUUUGUAAACAGAUAGGGGAAGUCAUUGAGUAUAACCAACUAAAAGAUUUUUUUCAUUAAAUAUAUGAACAGUUACCACAUUUGCCAAGUAAAUAGAAAUGAUAAAUGACAGAACCAAGUAUUUAGUAUAUGUUAAACUAUGUUCUUGAGGGGAAGUCCCAAAAUUAAGGAAUUGGGAAAUAAUAAAAAUCAUGUAUAUGGUCUUCUUAUUUCCAGUCACUGAUUUCCUGUAGGUAAUGGUCUUUAGAAACUAAAAGUUCAGCCUUAAGUAUUCUUAUGUUAAAACCAGUGUCUUGAGAUAAAACCUUUGUUCUCAGGAUCAGAGAAUACUAAAAUGUGUCAGAAAAACAGAUAUGUAAAGCACCGAGGGUGUCAGUGGCUUGGGGUAAUUUUACUUCCUUUGUUAUUUGGCAAUACCUGGAGCCAUUUUUUGUGUAUCACAAUUGAGAAGAUACUACUGGCAUUUAGUGGUAGAGGCCAGGAUGCUGCUAAAGUAGAUGCCAUUAUGCAGGAUAGCAUCCCCAAAUUCUUCUGCCCCAAAUGUCAAAAAGUGCCUAGACUGAGAAAUCCUGAUAUAGAUGCAAGUCCACGUUAUAAAUUGAAAGCAGGUAUUUGCAGAAAUGCAAAUAUCAGAGAGAAAUAUGUACAAUAAAAUGAGGGUUCAUAAGAAGAAAUACCACUACUUUAAGUUAGGGGUGAAAGAUCUCAACAAAUAGAAUUCACUUCCUUACUAACUAUAGAUUAUACCGAAAUCAGCUCUUCCAUUCUAGAAACAAAAUGAGUUUGAAUAUCAAGCCUUUAAAAAACUCAGUAUCUGCUUAUAUUCUUUCCUUAAAAGUCUAUUCAUAAUUAUGAGCAAAAAAAAGCGCCUAUCAAAACAAGUUGUUUACUACCAGCAAGAAGGUUAAUACACUGCUGGGUACUUGCAGUAUAAAGUAUGCACUGAGGACAAGGAUAUUAAAUGGAAAGAGACAGCUGGGAAAGAUCCCAUGAUCUCUAAUGAAAUUGUGCUGCUACAAAAGAUGAGGAUAAGUCAUUUGGCCAUUUGAAGAUUUUUCAGCAUAUUAAAGCAAAUGCUAAGUACUUCAUUUUUAAAGGUCUAGAAAUAAUCAUCUUCCCAGAGGAUUUCAAUAUGAUGCCUUUCAUUGAUCCCUAAGAAAACUGAGGUGUUAUUUUCGGCCACAAGGUAUGCUUAUUUAUCAAUUCUUUGAAGUUAGGUAGAUCUUGGUUUAAUUCAUCAAGGUCCUUCCUAACUGUCAUUUCCCUGCAAGAAUGUUUGAAAUUCCAUUAACUGGUCUGAAAGUCAAAGCACAAAAUUAACACUUACACUCUGAAAAAUCAAAGGAAGCAGCUAGCAAAAAAAAAAAAAAAGAAUUAGGUGCCUCUAACCUUGGUAAAUAAGCUAGCUGCCUAAUCUUAGCUAGAAAUAUGGUCUCCACAUGUGUUGAUUUAUUACAGUUUUCUCAUCUUUGAUUAAUGAUGACAUCUUUUGUACUUGAGGAAGAUCAUGGUAUCUGGACCAGUGGAUUUUCCCCUCAUUUCUUUGUAUUAUGUGGUUUUGAUUCCCUUUGGCUCAUUUUUGGUCAGGAUAAACAGCAGUACAGAAUCUGAGGCAAAUGUUCUUCAAAGAUAAAUCUAGGGAGACUGUGAAACUCAGAGCAGAAUUGUUGGCUUUUUUUCAGUCUCCUUUUUCUAAAUGCUAUAGAAAAUGAUGGCACCUAAAAAAAAAACUAACACUGUUACAAAAUACCUUUGCUUUAUAAGAAAAAUGUUAGCUAUGGGAAAAUAAUGUUCUUUAUGUAAAGACUUAAAAUAGACUAAUAGUUUACAGGCAUAUUAUAGAAUAUGUUGUGAAUUUAUUUCAGACAACUUAUAAAGGUACCAAAAACUACAAUGAAAGUACAUAUAUAUAUAUAACUCCUGGAACAGAAAAACUUGAAAUUGUGGUAGGGGGAGUAAAAGACCAAAAGUACAUUUUAAAAAGAGACUUUAGAAAAACUGUUAUCAGAAGAAAUUAAAUAUUACACUCCAUUGUUUUCUUCUUUCUAAUAAUGGUAUGUAUCGACAAAACUAAAUUUGAACUUUGAAAGUAACUUUAAAUGUAUUUUGGGUUUUUUUUUUUUAAUGUAUAACUGAUUCUUCUAUACUGUAAUGUUUCUUUGCAAAGGCUGGAAAAUGGCCAGACUGCUGACUUUGUGCCUUUCAAAUGCAUUCUGCUUUGACAGUAGCAGAUGUUUUGGUGCUGGAGAAGAUUCACUAGCAGUCUUCUUUGUGCUUUUCAGGAAAUAUCUUCCUACUUAGGCCUUGAGCGAUUCAGGCACAUGACUUAGGAUUGGACCAAAUAUAAGAUCUGUCUCAUUGUAAAAAGCGUGAGUUGAAUGAAAUGACUAAAAAUAUUACAAUGACAGAUAGAAAUUUUGAUGAGUUAGUAAUUCCUUAAAAUAUAUUUAAAGGUUUGAGGUUAGAGGUGUGACUCAGUUGGUAGAGUGCUACCCAGUGAAUGACAACAUCAAGUACAGAAUUCAAAUCCUGG